CAGACAGAAUACACAGUCUUUGUUCUUGAUACGCCAGUGUCAAGCGGUGUGAGCUGUUGCUUUUCAUUUAAAUGAAUAUACCAUUUGCUCUUAAUAUACCAGAUGCUCUUUUCUAAAGUAUGCGUAUCAUAUCUUUAAGAGAAAUUAUAAUUUAAUCAUCAAAAAAAACUUCAUUCCAAUGUACUCGCGUAGAGAACAGCAUUGGCUCAUACAUUGCAGUGCUGUAUCGUUUACACGUAAUUCUCAUUGAACCAAUUCUGCAACGGGUUAAUGUUUAUUAUUGUUAAUGUUGUUUUUCGAACGAAUGCUAAAAAAGGUUUAGAAUAUCUGUUAAGAUGUCAGGAAGAAAUGAUGAAUUCUUGUAAUCAUUUUGCUCGUAAUAUUAUCUUACGUUAUAACAUAAGGUAAUAUUAAUUAAUUACAUUCAAUUAAUUAAAUACAUCGUUGACAUUUCAUACUGCGCUCUAUAAAUACAUUUGGUCCAUAAAAGUGCAUAAAGAUGUAAAUUCAAGGCAAAUGUGCAGUUCAUUUGUAAAAUUCCUGAGUCAUCGAGAAAAUUUCCACGUGUAACGCAAUUAUCGGAUUUAAUUUUUACAGAACAAUAAUAUUGUGUGUACAUUGACCGAGUAAGUGAUCUGACAGCAUAAUUUAUAUAAGCCACGGAAUCAUCGGCACUGCGUUAGAUUCUGUUAGACCAAUGGUAAUUUCACUAAUUUUUCAGGGCACAAUUGAAACAGUGGUUAAGAUCGUGUGCAAUGCACCGGUACUACUGCAACUACUUCCCUGUAAAACUAGUGAAAACCACCGAUUUGGACCCGAACAAGUCGUAUUUAUUUUGCAACUUCCCACAUGGCAUAUUAUGUUUAGGAGUUUAUGGUGCCUUUGGUACAGAUGCCGCCGGUUACAGGGAAUUAUUCCCGGGCAUGGAUAUCAAUGUAGUCAUGUUGGAUCAAAAUUUCAAGAUACCGUUUUUGCGUGAUUACUGCCGUAUCAACAGUACUGCUAGUAGCAGUCCAGAAAGCAUGAAUCAAUUAUUAUCGACGAAACCUGCGGCUCCAUUCACCGGAAAAGUAACGGUUCUUAUGCCUGGUGGAGCAGCAGAAAUAAUGGAAUCCAAGCCGGGCACUUAUCGUAUCCUUAUAAAAAGGAGGAAGGGCUUCGUAAGGCUCGCGCUGAAGAAUGGCGUUCCCUUAGUUCCUGUCUGUUCGUUCGGUGAAACGAACGCAUACGAUCAGAUAACAUUUCCAGAAGGCUCAUUUAUGAAGAAAGUAAUGAACUUCAUUCGUAAAAUAAUGGGUCUCCCUCCGGUUUUCUUUAUAGGCCGGGGAUUCUUCCAGAACUAUUACGGUAUUAUUCCACGGCGAACACCAAUCACUGUCGUU